UGUUUACACUUUAGAGAGAAGUCUGGUUGUUGUCAUGUGUGAAGUUGUUAUUGGUUUUUCAUAUUGAAGCUUCUAAUGAUGCAUAUUUUUUGUUUCACGUUUUUGACAGAUGUAAUAUCAGCAUCUGCCUCGGACUCGUCAUGCAGCCAAUUUGAACAGAAUUCUUUCUGUGAUUUGACGUGAGGUUUCAAAUAAUGCAGGACAUUCCAAUAUUUGUUUGUAGGCCACCAUAUAAACAAAUAUGAACUCGAUAAGUAUUGAUAUUGAUGGAACGGUGUCCGAUUUUAGGACAUCUAAAUCUGACAGUUCCUGCCUGAAAAUAAAUUCCGUGAACAGUGCUGGCUAUCUAUAUAAUUGCUGCUUGCUACUGAUCACUGUAAUUGUUUUAAGCAUAAUUCUAUUUGAAUUCAAAGAAUAUGUUAGAGCAUUGCUAAUGUGGGUUGAGUCACAAGAUCAAGUUGUUAUAUACUUAAUUUUUACUGUGCUGUUCGUUCUAGUUUCCUUCCCAUUCACUUGGGGGUACACAGUUCUUGUUUUCGCUACAGGUUACGUUUUCGGAAUAAUUAGAGGCCUAGUAACAGUUUUAUUCGCAGCAAACAUUGGUGUAGUUGUCGCACAUUUUGCAGUUAGACUUGUACACUAUAAAUUUCCAUUAACAAAGCUUAUCCAGAAUGACAAAAUUCAAGCUGUGCUCUCUGUGAUAUCGGGAUCUAAAGCAUUUAGAGUUGCAGCCUUUUCUCGCUUGACCCCAGUGCCUUUCGGAGUACAGAAUUUAAUAUUUGCAGUCAGCAAUAUUAAUACGAGAAUAUAUUUCAUAGCAUCUUUUAUUGGUAUGAUACCAGCCCAAGUCAUAAAUGUGUAUCUGGGAAGCUCAUUGAGAUCAAUGGAGGAAGUUUUGUCCCACAAAUCAACAGCCACCACAGCUAUCAUUGUGUUUUUUCAAGUUGGUGGCUGUUGCUGAGUUGUGAUAUUUUGUGUCUUUUAGUGCUGCCAUGUGUUCUUUGAAUCUAAUCACAAAUGACCUACCAGUCUGGCCUAUGUAGAAGCAGUCACAAUGCAAACACUCAAUUUUGUACACACCUGUACGAUGAAGUGGAUUUUGUGUGUUGAUGUGAGGUAACUUCUGUCCAAGCUUGUUGUUUGUAAUAAAGGAUAUGUUAACGCCUUUUCGUUUGAAGACAUUGUCAAUCUGAUAUGAAAUAAUACCUAGAAAUGGGAUUGUAUGGAAGAUGUUGUUUUCUUUUUGUUUUUUGUGAUGUGAUUAUUUUGCCACUGUUGAGUGUUUUAAGGUGUCUACUAUGGAGCUGUUAUAACCAUUUCCAAUAGCUGUUUGUUCAGAAGAGGCACUACUCUGCACAGGAUUAAAGCAGGAUGUUCAAGCUCCACUGGAUCAAAAGAACCAAGAGAAGCUCGUCACUAGUGUCACACAGAUUCAGCCACUGCCUUUAAGAAGCAAAAUUAUAGAAGAGCAGCAUGCCACAAAAUCAAGGAAAUAAUUGAGAAGGAAAUUGCAAAACCAUUCCCAGCAUACAAUAAAAUGUAGAAGCCCUUACAUGUACUAUUAAGACUAAAUUAAGCAUGUGUAAUGCAAUAAUUGUAAGCGCUGACAAGGGUAAUACAACUGUCGUAAUGAACAGAGCAACAAACAUAGAAAAAACUUUAGACUUCUUCCGAGCCAACAACAUAACAGAAAUACUUGAAGAUCCAACAGCCAAUAUACAAAAAUAGAUUAAACACAUUUCAAAUAACAUAAACGUUCUACUCACCAUCCAAGAAGCAAGAAACGUUGUAACAAUGAGCCCACAAUCAUCUUGCCUUAGAUCACAACCAAAGAUACACAAAAAUGGGACCUCCAUCAGGCCUAUAGCGAGCUAUAGGAACAGCCAAACAUUCAAACUCAACUAAAUGCCCUUCAAAAUCCUCAAAGGAGCAUACACAUUCAAAAUUAAUGCCAACCUACAAAAGCACAAAAAAAUUCCUUCGACUGAUAUUGCUGAACUAAUGGACUUGCUUGAAUUCACACUUCCACACAACUAUUUCAAAUUCAACAAUAAAAUCUACAAACAAGCAGAUGGCCUGGCAAAGGGCUCAAACCUUUCCAGAUUGUUAGCUGACAUAUUUAUAAGUAAUUUAGAAGACAAAAUCCUGAAUUCCAACCACCACCACCUCAAAAAUAUCAUCUACUACUACAGGUAUGUAGAUGAUACCACCAUUUUAAUCACUGGCACAGGUAGGUGAUUUGUGAUUAGAUUCAAAGAACACAUGGCAGCAUUUAAAAAACAAAAAAUACCGCACAUCAGCAAUGAUCACCCACCUGCAUGAAACAAAACAUCAUGUUAACGACACAAGUAUCAGCAUUCUACAGAUCCAACCUAAAGGCAAAAAACUAGACCUCUUUGAAACACUCCUAAUAUACAAACACCAAACAAAACAAUCUGAAUCCAUCUCAAAUGACAAUAUUUACAUUAGUAUCAUCUCUGUUUUCAGCAAUUGCCUACAUUAUUAAAUUUGCAAUGUGUGUGUGCGCAUGUGCGCGCACCUUAAUAUUUACCAUAAAUAUUUAGUUAUGUUACCAUGACAUCCCCCAUGGAAUUGACCUCAUUGAUAAAUAUGCCACCACACCAACAGCUUGUACUCCUUGUCAGCUUGAAACUAUAGGUACAUUAACUAAUGACACAAAUUGUACAUCUAUAUGCAUAUUUUAAAACAUUAACCAAUGUAUUACCUCAACCUUUAGGCAGUUAUUACAUGUGACAGAUAUAACCUUAAGAACCCCUUGCUUUUGAAAAGUUUGCUCUCAUUCAAUCACUUGUUCCACCCUCUCUUUCCCUCUGUCAUUCUCUUUCCUUUCCUCUCCCACUGCCUCCAUUCUUUCAUUCCUAUCUGUGAAUUCCAACCAAAAUUGCUAUUUAUGUAUAAUUUUAACACUGGAGCCAACAUAAUUAUUGUACUUAAGGUUUACAUCAUGUCAGCUGAUUAUAUAGAUGAGUAUGAAGUUUAAGCUAUAUAAACUUGACAAAAAUGAAUUUAUAUACCACCUGAAAUAUUUAUUACAAUGCAUGUAUUCGACACUUCAAAACAAAGAUCUCCAAAAGCCUUUAAAACUUAUUCUGUAAUAAUGUUGUUAUGAUGUAUAUUCCUUGUACUUUGUGACAGUGUUUCUCUUCUGCUAUAUGAUUGUUGCAUAUAAUGGUUCCCAGAUGCCACAUUUGUUUCCAAAAUAUGACAGUAUACAUUUGAUGUGUUAUGACAGUGAAAGGAAUCUGUGCCACUGGAGGUGCUCUGUUUGACUUAUUUUAUUUUUACCAUUAGAUAUAUGUUUAGUUUUUGUCACACAAAAAAACAACACCAAAACCAUGUUCCAAAAUAAUGUUUUGUUUCUUCACUAAACAGUGCCAUAAGUUCUUCCAAAAAAUCAUCACACACACACACACACACACACACACACACACACACACACACACACACAC